AUGCAGAUAUCCUCCGUUUACUUCUCGCACCCUCAUCUUGUUAUCGCCGCGCUGCUUGCGCCAAUCGGUGGUUGGGCGGAGAGGGAUAUAAGUAACAGUGCAUGCAGGAUACAAGAGCUCCUUGAGGGCCUUGUGCCUCCCUCUCUACCACCUCUUCGUGGAUAUUCACGCACGUCGCCGAGUCGGAACAACUUCUCCCCAAACCGAGCUAUUCAGACACGUCGAACAGAGCAGAAACCCAGCUCACGAGCUCGAGUCGAUGGCUUGAUGCUUUGUCUGAAGACGAAAUGGUGGGAUUGCGGCGGUGGUAAGCAGAGUAGCUAA